AUGGAGUAUGAAACGUCGAGUCCUGUGACCGACUACUAUGAUUACACUGCGUCUGAGCCCUGCCAUAAAAUCGAUGUGAAGAAAAUGGCAGCCCGGCUCCUGCCCCCGCUCUACUCACUGGUCUUCAUAUUUGGUGUCGUGGGCAACAUGCUGGUCGUCCUCACCCUGAUAAACUGCAAAAAGCUCAAGAGCAUGACUGACAUCUUCCUGCUCAAUCUGGCCAUCUCUGACCUGCUUUUCCUUCUCACCAUGCCCUUCUGGGCCCACUAUGCUGCAAGCCAGUGGGACUUAGGAAACCAAGUAUGUCGAUUUAUCACAGGGCUUUACUUUAUAGGUUUCUUCUCUGGAAUCUUCUUCAUCAUCCUCCUGACCAUCGAUAGGUACCUGGCGAUUGUCCAUGCUGUGUUUGCUGUAAAAGCCAGAACGGUCAGCUUUGGGGUGAUGACAAGUGGGAUCACCUGGGUAGUGACCAUGCUUGUCUCUCUCCCUGAAAUCAUCUUUACAAAAUCCAAAAAAGAAGGUUCUCGUUAUACAUGCAGCUCUUAUUUCCCAGUAAGUCAGUACUAUUUCUGGAAAUAUUUCCAGGCAUUAAAGAUAAGUAUAUUGGGCCUGGUCCUGCCGCUGUUUGUCAUGGUCAUCUGCUACUCGGGAAUCCUAAAAACCCUGCGUCGAUGUCGAAAUGAGAAGAAGAAGCACAAAGCCGUGAGGCUCAUCUUUGCCAUCAUGAUUGUCUACUUUCUUUUCUGGGCCCCCUACACCAUUGUCCUUGUCCUGACCACCUUCCCGAAGCUCUUUCACCUGAAUAAUUGCAGUAGCUCCAACAGACUGGACAGAGCCAUGCAGGUGACGGAGACUCUUGGAAUGACGCACUGCUGCAUCAACCCCAUCAUCUAUGCCUUCAUCGGGGAGAAGUUCCGAAACUACCUCUUGGUAUUUUUCCGAAAGCACAUUGCCAAACACCUCUGCAAACAUUGUCCGAUCUUCCAGCGGGAGGCUCUGGAUCGAGUAAACUCAGCUUAUACUCGAUCCACUGGGGAGCAGGAAAUCUCUACAGGUCUGUGA